CACAGCCCCACUGCUUCUGUGCCUACAAGCUCUUUCACGGUGCUUCGCGGGCUCACUUUUCCCUGAAACGUACAGGAAGCUAAGUAGGGAUAAGACUUUUCGCUUGAACUGGCUGAUGUGAGAAACACUGAAAGUUGAUUUCAUUGCUGCCUAUGACCGGAUGUGGGGGCUGAAUUCUGGGCAAGGGUCUUCGACAAUGAAUUUUUUACUCAUUACUUGGCUUUCCCAGAUAUAUGGUUUUCUCUGUGACUCCUUGGUAGUGUCUUUCACCGACUUGAGACAGGUCAGAUCGAUCUGCUUUCACUUAGAGCUAUCAUACACUGCACCCAAGUCAACUCCCUCCUUCAUUACGGCAGGGCUGACUAGACUCCCAACUAAAACAAUCACAGGCCCUAUGUGACACAGUCUGACUCAAGUAAAAUACACCAUCUUUAUACUGUGUUAACAGUCCGAAAAUC